GUUUAAGUGUAUAAGUACUUCAGUUAUUUAUCCUUAACUUCGAAUCAUUCAAAGAUCAUUCACCAUGUCGAGUGAUCUGAAAACUUCAUUUGAUUUAGAACCGAAUCCUUUUGAAAGGUCGUUCGCUACAAAGGAUGGAAUAAGCCAGCCGGUGGCACCAGCAGCCCGUAAUGAUGAAGUGAGUACCAUUAGUAAUGGUAGUAGAUCCUCCUCGACAAAUAAACAUAAUCUACAUAUACCUAAUAUUUCAAACUUAAACCAAAAUUCUACUAGACUACCUGGUAUAACUCCUCCUUUAUUCACUCCGGGUGGAAGAAGAUUGCCUACGCUUGGGUUAUCUCCAAGUGGACCAUUAUCGAAUCCAGGAACACCCGGUUUGUGGAAUAGUUUAUUAAACGUUACCAAUAGUCAUGAUACUAAUAACGGCCAUUCCCAAUCUCACCAUCCGUCUCACCAUCCGUCUCACCAUCACGCCCCUUCGAAUUUGAUUCCGUCCUUCAAUCACAGCACCGGUAAGAAAAGCGGUUUGACCCCAAACGAAUCAAACCUCCGUUCGGGAUUGACUCCUGGUGGACUUAACCACCCUUCUGGAUUCCCCUUUGGAAACCAAGUCCCCGGUUUAACCACUCCAAGCGCUUUGCUUAACAGUCCAAUGACUCCUGGCUUAUCGAGUUUGUUAGGAAUGGGUAAUAACCAUAACCAUAAUCAUAAUUCUACAAAUCAUAAUCAAACCCCCGGUCAACCUGAUAUAUUCAAUUACCCUUUACCUCCUCCUGGUGUAUCGUCAUCAAACACAAACUUACCUCCCCCAGCUCCCCCAAACUCUCAAGCCGUUCAUCAUUCUUUGCAUGCUGCUUCUACCGCUUCACAACCUCCCGCUCCACCUGCUGCUCAAGCUCCCGCUCCACCUACUGCUUCAAAUACCGCUACUAAUGCUGCUCCAAGUGCAGCCACCACUGCUCCGGCUCCUGUUCCGGCUCCUGUUCCUGCUUCCAGUACUGCCUCUGGUGCUAUUGCCGCUCCCACUGCUGCCCCAGUGUCUAAUGACCUGGCUCCUGCCUUGAUAAAAGCCGCUCCUGCUCCCCCUGCUUCUGCCACUGAUAAUCAGAAACAAGUGGAUGCCCCAAGUCUUGCUAACAGUAAUUCCACUACAUCUACAACAUCUUCCGAUACCAUACCGACUAAAUCUAAAACAACAAAACCAUCAGCAAAAUCUACACCCGAUACCAAUGCCAUCAAUGGUAAAAGAAGAAAAAGUAGUACCACUCAGGAAAAAUCGAAAAAAGCAAAGAUACAAAUUAAAAAGGAAGAUUCAGCGGCUGAACCUUCAAUUCCUCUACAUGCCCAAAGUAGUACUAAUACUAUUGAUACCCAUAUUGCUAGCUCAGUAUCUUCGUCGUCUGCCAGUCCCCCAAACAUGGAUGUUACUCCAACCACUGCUGUUAUAAAUUCUCGUAAAACUAGCGGUACCAAGAAGGAAACUAGACCAGAUAACCAAGAUAUUUCAACAACAAAAUCCUUAUCAAGUGGUGGUAGAAAACCAAAGGGAAAUGCUGAAGAGAAAAGGAAAAAUUUUUUGGAAAGAAAUCGUGUGGCUGCAUCUAAAUGUAGACAACGUAAAAAACAAUUAUUACAAAAAAUGGAAGACGAAUUAACUUUUUAUUCAACUGGUUAUAGAGAAUUAUCAGCUCAUGUUACUCAACUUCGUGAGCAAUUAUUAAAUGUUAGAGGAGUUUUAGUUGGUCAUAAGGACUGUUCAGUCUUAAUAUCAGCAGUUGGAGGAUUUGAUCAAUUAAAUAAUAUUAUUAGACAAACCGAUUACGUUGCACAUAUGACUUCAGGUAGUCAAAAUAGUAUAACAUCGAUUCCAAGCACUAUUCCAACGACUUUGAAUAAUGGAGUUAGUCCAGAUACAUCCAAUAAUUCAAAUCCUGAAAACUAUUCGAAUCAUUCAGUACCUACUCAAAUGACAUUUGCUAGAGAUAACACUGCCCCAUCUUCCGAAAACAUUCCAACUAAUGGGUCUAUGAACUUCCAUCAACCGAAUCCACCUCAUUCGCAUUUACCAAACCCAGCAUCACAACAAGCAAUGCCACAAACAUCUUUAGUCAGUCAUCAUAGUUUACUGGAUUUACCAGCUGCGGCUGCUGCUGCAAAUAAUAAUAAUAAUGGUAAUAAUAAUAAUGCGACUACUGGACCUCAUCCUAAUAGAAUAUCAAUUGAUAAUCCAAACCAAUUGAGAGCAAUCCAUAGUAUGUCAAACAUUGCAGCCAUGAAUUCGGUCAAUCAACCACCUCAUCAUCAAAAUUUUGAUCACAGGAGACAAUUAAGUAACCUCCCUGAAAAUGCUAGUUCAUCCAAUUUCAAUCUUCGAGCAGUUAACAGCAUGAUUGAUUUACAACACCAUCAUAAUUCUGGUAAUAAUGAUGCAAAUACUAAUUUACCCCAGGCGUUAUCAAAUCAAUUUGGAUUAAGCUGA